AUGACGAGCACCGAGAAAGACGUUGUGCCAGCUGAUAUGGACAGCCCAAGUUCAUCCUAUUCGGUUGUCAAGUGGUAUCGUUCGACGUUCUACAAUGCCCUCGUCCUCGGCAUUUGCAAUUUCCUUGCCCCUGGGAUCUGGGGCGCGAUGAAUUCCUUGGGUGGAGGAGGAGAAGAGGAACCAUAUCUUGUCAAUGCGGCGAACGCGUUGACCUUCGGGCUUAUGGUGGUCUCUUGCUUCUUUAGUAGUGUCAUUGUGCGAUUCAUUGGGAUAAAAUGGACCCUCAUAGUCGGAACAAUGGGGUUUGCUCCAUACGCCGCUGGGCUGUACCUGAACAACCGGUAUAGUGAGGAAUGGCUGGUGAUUCUGGGCGCCGCUCUUUGCGGCAUUUCAGCGGGCAUCUUUUGGAUGGCGGAAGCAGCUAUUGCGCUUUCGUAUCCAGAGCCAUACAAUCAAGGUCGCUUCUUGGGGUUCUGGCUCAGCUUCCGUGUUGGAGGGCAAAUACUCGGGGGUGCCAUCAGUCUGGGCAUCAACGCUAAGCAGUCGACCUCGGGCUCAGUCUCAUACACUGUGUACCUGAUCUUCAUUGCCCUGCAGGCUCUUGCCCCCUUUGCUGGCCUGCUUUUGAGCAACCCGUCUCAAGUGCAACGAAAGGACAGAGUCCGCGUUCAACUUCAAGUGACGAAAAAUGUUGGAUUCGAGUUGAAAAGCAUGGCGAAGCUUUGGAUCAAUCGCAAGUUUUUGUUCAUCGUUCCGUUCAUUUGCCAAGCUGUGUACAGUGAAGCUGUGAUGUUUUCGUACGAGGGAUUGUGGUUCUCAGUGCGGGCCAGAGCACUUGGCUCAUUGCUCUCUGGUGUGAUCGCUUUGGUCAUCGGCAACAUCCUAGGAGCCUUCCUUGACAGCAAGCGGAUAUCCCUGAAAUUGAGAAGUAGGUACGCCUUCUUCUUUGUCGUCGGGUGGCAAGGCAUGUGCUGGAUCUGGGGUUCAGUUGUGACAACCGAGUUUAACAAGACGCACCCGAUAUAUGACUGGACUGAUCCGGGAUUCGGAAGAGCCUUCACCCUCUUUCUCUUCUGGGUCGCUGGCUUCCAGCUGAACUAUAUGUAUCUGUUUUUCUUAGUCGGUAAUCUUGCAGACGACCACGAAGAGGUCGUCCGGAUUGCAGGUUUGUUGCGUGGUACUGAGUCGGCCGCUCAAUGCGUCAGUUACGGUUUGAGCAGUGUGAAGAUCAUGGCAGCAGUGGGCAGCGUAUACCUCAAUUUUGGGUUGUGGGCCAUCGCGGUACUUCCUGCCUGGCUCAUUGUCAAGGAAGUUGGAGAGAGCUUCGGGGAUAAGAAGAUUGCACGGGAGACCCGCGAUGUGCGCGUGGAGUCCUCGGAAGUGUUCGGAGAUUGCUCGGAGAUCAGGUGA